UGUACUUGCUUAUCUUUGCAUGAUAGAUAUAUUAUCUCAUCCCAUUUUUUCAGUAUACUAUAACCAAGUGGCAAGUGGGUUUAUUAAAUUAUACAUGUAUUUCAAUCGUUUGUUUUGAUUGGUCGGAACCGAGAUUCGAUUUUUAACUAUAUACAUAGAUUUUUUGGUAAAAAAGAUGUAUGAUUAAGAAACUCGAUGCUUUUUAGUGAAAGUGUGCUAAUCUAUACUAUACGUUUUCUCUAAUUUGUAACCAAAAAGUAAUUAACAGAAGAAGAAAAAAACUCAACUGCAUGAUUGCAUGGUUCUUGCGCAUGAAGAUCAGUUUAUACAUGCACACAUAUAUGAAUCAGAAAUGAAUUCUGAGGCUCCGAGUCCAUCUUUAGCGUUUACAUGUUUUCGAAUAUAAUUUUUGUCAGGCCGUCAAACAUGACCACACCCCACCGUUGGUCCUUUGUUCAAAUUCGCAACAAAAAGUAUGUAUUACUUUCUUUUAUAAUAUUAAAAGAGACGAAAGAGAAAAAACGGCAAAGAGAGGUCUUUCAUGGGAAAACAUAUCUCGCCCAAGCACGAUUGAUGACUUCCAAAUAUAGCAGCCCAUUCGAGGAAACUUAAUAAACAAAUAGAGAAACACUUGCUUAAUAUAGAAGUUCUUAUUAAAAAACUAAUAUAGAGAGGCACCCUUUUUAAACUUGUUGACAUUAUAAAAGCCGAAGCUGGACCACGAACGAUUCCCCACUUCUAUCAAUGUAAUCUUUUUUUUUCAGAACAUAAAUACUUUAAAAAAAUGGACGGGGAAUCAAAUUAUUUUAAUAUAAAACUGUAAGUUGAUAAAAUCUAUACAGCAUAGAGAAAGCUAAAAUGGGGUCUCACGUGUUCUCUCAUCCACGGACGAGCUUUGCUCUUAUAUUUUUCUCCUUUCUUUGUUUCUUUCUGAUAAUUGUAGAAUAUUUUUUGAGAAAUCGGCCAAAAAAACACUGAACUUUGAGGGAAUUGCCAAAAGAAACCUGGACAUAUGGGCUAGCCAAUAAAAUCCUGAACUUUUGUUGACUUUUCGGGUUUAUUAAGAAACUUACGAUUGACUGACCAGAUAAACACACCGUUAACUGAGUUAACUGUUAAUUAAGCGGACGUUAACUUUGGGUGUUAAAGUAUACGACGUCGUUUCAUCACUUUGUCUGAUUAAAGACAAACGACGUCGUUUAUAUAGCUGUGUUAUUAAAAAUAUGUGUUUCCAACGGCUCGAACUCGUGUCCUCGGGUUUAAUGGUAGGGGUUUUUGCCACUGAGCUAGUGGACUUUGCAAUGGAUAUACGAACACAAUUUCUUUUAUUCUUCGAAUCCGAGUUAAAGACAAAUUAAUGAAACGACGCGUUUUACAUUAACUUUUUUUAUUAAAAAGAUGGGGUUCCAUCGACUCGAACUCUUGCACUCGGGUUUAAUGGUAGGGGUUUUUGCCACUGAGCUAGUGGACUUUGCAAUGGAUAUACGAACACAGUUUCUUUUAUUCUCUUUGAAUCCGAGUUAAAUGAAUCAAAAAGAAACGACGGCGUUUUCUCGUCCGAUUGGUAUAAACCCUAAAUGGGCGAAAUCAUAAAUCCAGUUCGCGAUUCAAGCUCGAUUCUCUUCGAUUUCGUCCUUAAGAAUCUCGAUUCUCAUCUCUCCUUCUUCGAGUAUCGCAUGAUGAGUUCGGGUUGUGAGGAUUCGUCUGUGAAUACGAUGGGAAUUCGUGGUAUCCCGGAGCAAUGCGGCUGUGGUCGAAGAACUGGGAUAUACACAUCAAAAACGAAGGUCAAUCCAGGAAGAACUUUCUUUAGAUGCCCAACGUUUCAAAAUGAUCACUUGUAUAAAUGGGUAGAUGAAGCUGUCUACGAAGAGGUUCAAGAUGCAUUGCCAAAAGUUGAAUGCUUUGCAUCAGAUGUUAUGAAAAUUAAAAUGGAGAUCGAAAGCAUGAAAACCGUGGAGGAAGACUUGAAAGAAGAUGUCAGGAAGGCAAGCAAUGAACUUAAGAAGCUGAAUGUGAUCAUGAAAGUGGGUUUUUCGGUGGUUUGUUUAGGCGUUGUGAUAUGUCUUGUGUUGAUCAUGUUUGACAAAGCAGAUGGGUUGUCUAUGAAUAGCUACUAGGAGACUGUUU